AUGGAGUCCACCCCAGAAAAUGAGUUCAAUCAGACUUUGCUAGAGCAGAAACGAUCCAUGUUGGAGGAAGUUAGCUCAGAGCUUGAGGAUGUGCUAUCGGAUACAAGCUUGUCACGGUGCCAGCGUCUCUGGCGGGCCGUUGGCAUUGAGAUAAAGACUCUUUUCCGGCUUGCUGCUCCGGCAUGUGUGGUUUACUUGCUUAACAACGUUGUUUCCAUGUCUACUCAGAUAUUCUGUGGCCAUCUUGGUAAUAUUCAGCUGGCAGCCUCUUCUCUUGGAAACACUGGGGAUAAAGUCGUGAGGGUUGGGAAUGAGCUAGGAGCAGGAAACCCAAAGUCGGCAGCAUUUGCAGUGUUUAUGGUGAAUUUUGUGUCAUUUGUAGUUGCAGUGGUGGAAGCCAUCAUCGUGUUGUCGCUGCGACAUGUUAUUAGCUACGCAUUCACCAGUGGGGAAACCGUAGCCAAUGCUGUCUCGGAUCUUUGCCCAUUUUUAGCAGUCACUCUCAUCCUCAAUGGCGUCCAACCCGUCUUGUCAGGUGUUGCUGUGGGGUGUGGAUGGCAAGCAUAUGUUGCUUAUGUAAAUGUGGGAUGUUACUACGUGGUAGGAAUUCCAUUGGGUUGUCUUCUCGGCUUCAAAUAUAAACUUGGAGCUAAGGGUAUAUGGUCCGGAAUGAUUGGAGGAACAAUGAUGCAGACACUUAUCUUAGUAUGGUCUACAUUUCGGACGGACUGGAAUAAAGAGGUGGAGAAAGCAAGAGAACGUCUGCGAACCUGGGAUGACAAGCAAGAACCCCUUUUGAAGGAGUAGAGGUUAAUUAUGAUUGAAUAUUAAGGUGUGCGGACUGAACAGUCCUUGUAUUUGUCCCGAAUUACAAUUGAGACUGCGGCGAAGUCCCAUUGGGUGUCAAUUCCCUGGCUUCCCCCAAAUAAUAUAUUUCAUGGCUGGGAAAAAUAUGAGCAUAAGCAAUAGCUCAUUGAGAAAUCUAAGGAAGACAAUUCUGAAGUUUAUAAAUGUAAUUCAUUGAAGGAAGAGAAUAAUGAAAAGGGGCAAUGAAUUUCCCAUAAAUGCCGUAUGAAUUAGAUAUUUUUUCGCCUGUUUUUCAUAAAUUUUAGUAUUAUAGUAGUGUAUGAAAAAUUGUUAUUGUAAUUGUUUGUUAGGGCGUUUUUAGAAUUUCAAA